UGCCCCCCUGAGGCGGAGCUGCUCUCAAGCUCCAGAGCCUCAUUUCCAGAAUCAUCAAAACUUAAGUCCCCAAGGUCAGAUCUGCAUUUUCGGAAGACCCUCUUCUCUGGUUGCUCCUUGGAGAUUUAAGGAAGUUCCUGAAAUAUCUAAGGAGUUGGUGCUGGUGUUUGAAGAGGAAAGAAGCAGCCCAGAUUUGUCUCUGCUGGGCUACUCUGUGCACCAUGGAAGCCUUCUUAGUCUCUAACAUCGCCCCAAUAGUUUCAUCAGUGAGCCUGGCCAAAAUUGGCGGGGCAGCGUCCGGCAGUGUGCUGGCCGGACUGUCGUCUGUGGGACUCACCCUGCCAUCCAGUGCUGCCCUGGGCUCGGCUGCAUCUACCUUGGGAUCCAUGCUGGGGACACUGAGUGUCUCUUCUCUACUGGAAUCCCCUGCUGUGGCCUUGGCUGCUUCCCCAGUUGGAGCCAAGACUGCUGCAGCUGUGAUCGGAGGAGCUGUGGCUGUGGGCUCUGUGCCGGUGGUGCUGGGUGCCAUGGGCUUCACUGGAGCAGGAAUCGCAGCCUCCUCCGUAGCGGCCAAGAUGAUGUCAGCCGCUGCCGUGGCCAACGGGGGUGGGGUUGCCGCCGGCAGCCUGGUGGCUACUCUGCAGUCUGUGGGAGCGGCUGGACUGUCCCUGUCAUCCAAAGUCAUCCUGGCCUCUGCUGGGUCCCUUGUGUCCCUCGUGGUAUAGCUCCCUGUCACUGCCACUGCAGAGAAGAGAACCUGGUGGGACCCUGCCCACCAGCCUGAUGCAGUGAGGACCAGUCCCGGGGUGACAAUGUGCCCAGCACUGCAACCCCAGAGGACAAUAAAGAAUAAAAAUGAGUUGUCACAA